AUGGCUCUCGAAAAAGCAUUGAUUUCUGCCGGCAUAGAUAUUCUAUCCUCUACAGUGGGCUUAGUGGCUGGCAAAGUUUACGACCAUUUAACAAAUAAACUCAAGGACGGAGAUUCAGCGAAUGAAAAAUUGCGUCAAAUAAUCGUUCGAGAUUUGAACGACAUCAAGUCAAAACUCGACUGUCUCUCGUUGAAAGAUCUAGAUAGCAGUUAUAGUUUCCUAAAAGAAGGUGUUGAGUUAUUAAAUCUUGCCAUUGAUCAGUGGAAUGAAGAUCAGAAAGCGAGCGAGGGUCGAACAGACGAAGCAACAAGAGUUAUGAAUGAUACCGCAUCUGGUAUUUUGAACGCAGCCUUAUCACUUCCUCAAGAGAUUCGAAAAUUAAAAAUCUCCUCCGAUAAGCGCUUUGUUUCUGCUCAAGAUUGUUUCAAAGCAUCUCGCGAGGCAGCCACACAUGCUUUCAACAACAAAUCUCUGAGCAUCAAAGAUCGAAUUAUGGCUUGCAAGCUGCGUAUAGCAGCCAGAAUUCUUGAAUCAGGUCUUGAAGACCCGGAAGCCGCAACUACUGCCAGCUUGUUGUCACUUAAAGAGUUACAUGGUUUAUCGGCAAUCCAAGAAAUGUUCGCAGUUUUUCUCAAGGGAGGUCUGAAAUCAAUGUUGAAGAAAACUGAACGUUUUGAAAACAUAAUGUCUGUUUUGUUCAUCAAUCAUGCUUUAUAUGAUUUCGCUUCCAAGUAUACCAGUAAAUCACACUACCUAUUUACCUGGCCUGGAAUAGAGUUGAAGGAUCGUACAUUUCAUCCAAUCCUACACGCACGCGAGAUUGUGACAAAGACGUUCAGUAGUGAAGAAUUUGUCCAGCAACUGAACCGAGUGGUUGUUGAUUCGAGAAUAAAGUGGGCUACGUUUGCUGUGAAUAGCCGUGGUGAAAUUAUUAUACAAGAUGAUGACAAAAUCACUGUUAUUUACAGCACAGGUGAAAGCAAGGAUUUUAUGCUUCCCGAUCCCUUAGACUGCAGUAACGUUGUUGAACAAUCGAGAAUGCAUGUUGCUGUUGAUAGCAAUGACAAUGUAUACGCUGUAAGACAGCUUACGGCAUGUGAUAAAAAUGGCAGUGAUAAGAAAGAUUUUGUGCUGUACGCUUUUGACGACAAUUACAAUAUCAAGCAUGUCUCCGUAUUGGAUUUUCCUAAUGCAAGACAAUUGCUAUGUGUGGACAUUGCUGUUGACAAAAACCAAAACCUAAUCAUGCUCUCACUGAAUAACCAGGUAUAUAUCUGUGAAACCACGGGAAAGUUAAAAUUUCAGUUUAAACUAGAUGAAGGUUACAUAUGCAAUAGCUUGAGUAUUUUUAACAACAUUGACAUCAUGAUAAUAUCAUAUGAUCGCAGUGCUGUUCAAAUAUACUCAACAGAAGGUAACUUAAAAUCCACAUUAAAAGUACCAGAAGGUCAUCAAGUCGUGCGAGUGGCAUUUCAUCAUGGCACUUGUAAAAUAAUUGUUUUAACCUAUGUCGGGGAACAAAAUUCCUGGUUCUUGCUCGGUUACUCUGAAACAGGUGAACUGGAGAAUUCAGUGUUUUUCCGUAAGCGAGAUCCAUGGCAAUAUUCGUGGGAAAUGAAUAUGAAAAGUCAUCCAAGCGGACCACUUGCCGUUGCAGUGUACGAAAGCAUCACCUUUAUUUAA